CUGGGUUUGACAGCACGUGCACAAGAGAUAAACAAAUCUUCUGCUCUUGCUUUCGUUUCGGAACCAAAACACAUCGAAGCAGGCUGGCUGCAUUGCAACGAAAGUUCAGACAAAAUAAAUACAACCCAAAAUGAGUUCCGGACUUUGGUUCCGUUUUCGAGUGGCACUGGAACGAUUCGAACAGGCACUUCCAAGUUUGCUGGGAUUUCCCGGUCGCUUUCCUCCUCCAGGUUGUCUUGCCUUGGCAAGCGUUAAAGGAAGUCGUUUGCCAGUGACGGGUAAUGCCUUUAGUUUGAAAAAUUUACUGGGCGAUGGUAUUUUGUGGGCCGUUCCGAAACAUCGGCGCACAGUGGAAAAGCGCUUGAAGCGAAAGUAUGGCAGUCCUGAGUACAAACUAAAGAUAUUGGUUCCCAAGAAGCAUCUGCGGAUUUGCUCCACUUGUGGUAGUGACCACGAGGUGGGCAUUCUGUGUCCUACCUGCUACAAAAAGGUACGAACAGAGACGGAGCAGAUUCAGGAUAAAAUUCAAGCCGAGCUAGGGCUCGAUCCCGUUGACAAGGAAGUUGUCGUGCUGUACGAUCGGGAGCGCGAGGAUCAACCGGAAGAGUUUUGGAUGGGGAAGAGAAUUGUGGAAAUGCCUAAGACUCGUCCGAUUUGGUUUAGCAAGAACUUGCUGCAACGGAGUACACAGCAGGAGGAUCAAGCGACCGAGGUGAAACCGGAUGCGGAGAAAUUGGGUUAGUUGUACUGUUUCCGUUUAUUUUGUAGAUUAAAAUAUACGGUUAAAAUAGUUAA